AUGGAGAGUGUAAGAGACAAGCAGAAACCAAGAAAGGAUGGGGCUAUGAUUGUCGUGGUAGAAGGUAAAGGAGUUGUUCAAGAGAAAGAGGAUAUGCUCCUAUCACCGAAAGUUGUGGAUGCGGCCUCAAAGGUUCUUGGUAACAAGGAUCUAUUAAAAGAGAUCUUGGUUCGUCUUGGUCUUUCCAUCCCGCUUGUUCGUUCUGCUCUUGUUUGCAAACAUUGGCUUCAUGUCGUCGCUAACCCUAAAUUCCUUGGUGAGUUUGGUAAGCUCCACCCACGUUACCUACUCGCCUCCUAUAUUUUCACUGCAUCAGGACGGCAUGCACUUGUGCCCCAUCAAGGGCUACCCACCGAGUUUGCAUCUAUCUUAUCUUCUGCAAAAAGGUACUUCUCUGAUUUGGAGAAAAAAUGGUGUGGUGAUGACUUUGAUAUAUUGGAUUGGUGUUGUGGUCAAGUGCUUAUUAGUGUUGAGAACUCAACCACCAAGUUCCAACAAAGGCUUGCCAUCUGCACCCCCUUAAAUCCAACCAAGGAUUUCACCUUCAUCCCACAGUAUCGACCAGUUGUUCCCCAAGGUUAUACCAAUAUAGAUAUGUAUGAUUUCCUCUGUAAGGAACAUGGUGAUUACCAAAUGUCCAUCUACAAGGUGAGAUUGGCAUGUAACCGUACACGUCAAUCCAUCCUUGGUGUGUUAGUAGCUUUUAAAAAUGGAUCUUGGUGUGACAGUUGCACCUCAGCUGCAAUAGAUCUGCCAUCACGAUGGUUGCAGCGUAAAAACUCUGGUUUGCUUAUAGGAAAUAAGUUCUAUAUGUUGGGUCCAAGUAGAUACAUUCUUGGAUUGGACUUACUAUCUAUGAGCUUGUUCAUUGUUGACCUUCCAAAUAGAAUGGAACACAAUGAUCAAGAGAAGCUCCAACUUUCUCGAGCAGAAGAUUCUAAGUUAUAUCUCAUCCAUUUGAAUGGGUUGCAACUUCAUGUUUGGUUUCAUGUCAUUGACAACAACAACAACAACAACAACAAUACAGGAAAUUGGGUAUUGAUUGAUAAGGUUUGUCUACUAGAAGUGUUUGGUCAUAUUGCAAAUCCUGGUUGGAAGUUAGAGGUUAAUGUUAAGAUUGUGAGAGGUGGGAGCAGUGUGGAUUUUGUGUACUUGGACAUGGGUGAUGAUGUCUACUUGGUUCAUAUCAAAAGGAGAGUGGUGAAGAAAGUGUCUGACAAUGGCAAGAUUGUACGCUCAUAUCCCUUCAUGAUGGCUUGGCCCCCAACCUUUCCUAGUUUGAUAAUGAAGAGUGAUGCCUAA